AUGGGUCUUGUCUCAAAACUCCAGUUCGUGGACCUCCGGUCGAGUUUCCUCGCCGGCGCAGCCCCUCUCACGAGCUCCUUCCCCGCCGCCGCCCGCCGCCCUCUCAACCGCCGCUUUUCCGCGGCGUCCCGCUCGCUAAAAGCGACAGCCGUCCACCCCAACCUCCUCAGGCACCGAGCCCGAAUUUCCUCAAAAUUACAAGCCGUUGCCACCGAUGCCACCACCUCCGCCGCCAUCGUUGAGGAAGAGGAUAUAGAAUCCCUCUUUUCUGAUAACAGUUCCGAACGGCCGGAGGUCAGCUACAAGCGCGGGAACAACAGGAGCUCGAGUGGCGCCUCCAGUAUUUCCUCGGGCGUGAGGUUAGAAAACGUGAGCAAGAGCUACAAGGGCACCACCGUGCUGAAGGACAUCAAUUGGGAAGUUAAGAAAGGCGAAAAGGUGGGUUUGGUGGGCGUUAAUGGUGCGGGGAAGACGACACAGUUGAGGAUUAUAUCCGGUUUGGAAGAGCCGGAUUCGGGGAAUGUGAUUAAGGCGAAGAGCAACAUGAAAAUUGCGUUCCUGAGCCAGGAAUUCGAGGUGGAUUCUACGAGGACGGUGAGGGAGGAGUUUUUGAGUGCGUUUAAGGAGGAAAUGGAGGUUUCGGCUAGGCUUGAGAAGGUACAGAAAGCAAUUGAGAAAUCUGUGGAUGAUUUGGAGCUCAUGGGGAGGCUCUUGGAUGAGUUUGAUUUGCUGCAGAGGAGGGCGCAAGCCGUAGAUUUGGAUGAGGUUGAUGUUAAGAUUAAUAAGUUGAUGCCCGAGCUCGGUUUUGCACCUGAGGAUGGAGAUAGGCUUGUUGCAUCCUUUAGUGGAGGGUGGCAGAUGAGGAUGUCACUUGGGAAGAUCUUGCUGCAGAAUCCAGAUUUGUUGCUUUUGGAUGAGCCGACAAAUCACCUUGAUCUCGACACAAUUGAGUGGCUCGAGGGUUAUUUGAAUAAGCAAGAUGUUCCAAUGGUCAUCAUAUCACACGACAGGGCUUUUCUUGAUCAACUUUGUACAAAAAUUGUAGACACAGAUAUGGGUGUUUCAAGAACAUACGAAGGAAAUUACUCAGAUUAUGUCAUAGCUAAAGCAGCAUGGGUUGAAGCUCAGUUUACAGCAUGGGAAAAACAACAAAAGGAGAUAGAACAGACUAGAGAUCUUAUAAGCCGGUUAAGUGCUGGAGCAAAUUCUGGUCGUGCUUCUACUGCUGUAAAGAAGCUGGAGAAACUUCAGAAUGAGGAACAAGUUGAGAAACCCUUCAUUCGCAAGCAAAUGAAGAUUAGAUUUCCAGAACGUGGCAGAAGUGGGCGAUCUGUGGUGUCCGUAAAAGGUUUAGAUUUUGGUUACGAGGAUGAGGUUCUGUUCAAGAAUGCAAAUUUGACGAUUGAAAGGGGAGAAAAGAUAGCCAUUCUUGGGCCAAAUGGAUGUGGUAAAAGUACAUUUCUUAAGCUGAUUAUGGGCAUGGAAUCCCCGGAACGCGGAGAGAUUCUGCUUGGAGAGCACAAUAUUCUUCCAAACUACUUCGAGCAGAAUCAGGCAGAAGCACUUGAUUUGGAUAAAACUGUGCUUGAAACCGUUGCUGAAGUUGCAGAAGAUUGGAGACUUGAUGACAUAAAAGGUCUUUUGGGCCGAUGCAACUUUAAGUCUGAGUUACUUGACAGGAAGGUUUCAUUUCUAAGUGGUGGUGAGAAGGCUCGGCUUGCUUUUUGCAAGUUUAUGGUCAAACCAUCGACUCUGCUUGUUCUGGAUGAACCAACCAAUCAUUUGGACAUACCCACAAAAGAGAUGCUCGAGGAGGCGAUAAAUGAGUAUCAAGGGACUGUCAUCGCGGUUUCUCAUGACAGAUACUUUAUAAAGCAAUUUGUUAACCGUGUUUUGGAAGUAAAAGAUGGGGUUCUUCAGGACUAUUCAGGAGACUACAAUUAUUAUUUGGAGAAGAAUCUUGAAGCCAGAGAUAGGGAGCUCGAACGGGAGGCAGAGCUUGAAGAGAAGUCUCCAAAAGUAAAAGCUAAAUCCAAGAUGUCCAAGGCGGAAAGAGAAGUCAUGAAGAAACAGAAAAGACAGGCAUUUCAAGCUGCUAACCAGAAAUCAAAAGCAUUGAAGAACGCUAAGAGAUGGAAGUAG